AUGGAACCCAACAAACGACGCAAGCUUGCUCCCAAGGUCAACGCCACGACUCCAAGCAAGCCGCCGCCACCAACACAAUUCCCCCACGAAUCGCCUCAACAACACCAUCCAGCUCAGGAGGCUGCUCCGGCUCCUCUUUCCGAACGCCAUGACUUCGAGUCCUUUGCGCGACAUCUGCAAGAUGCUGCUAUGCUCAUCCAAAGACAGACCGAGCGUCACCCCUAUACCGAUAUCUCGGUUCUGCUACUAAGAUGGGAGGAUGAUGAAACUGUUGAUGAAGAUCUGGUUGCUCUUGAGCAGGUUCUCCAGAAGCAGUACAAAUACAGGACGGAGAAGUGGCACAUCCCCACAGUGCCGAAUCCUAGCAUAAAGCUUGGUGUUCAAAUGGCUUCCUUCCUCGAGCAUGCGAAAGCCAAUCAUUUGCUCAUUAUCUACUACGCUGGCCAUGGCUAUGUAAGCUCCGAUGGCCAGCUUUUCUGGGCCUGCAACACCAAAGAAGAUGCUGCAAAACUAAAAUGGGACGGCGUUCGUUGCCUCUUUGAGGAUGCACAGUCUGAUAUCCUGUUGUUACUCGAUACAUGCGCGGUACCCGAUCCCCCCAUGGCCGGUAGCCAUGGUGUGAAGCAAGCCAUUGCGGCUUGCGCUUCAGAUCGUAGUCCAGAUAGCUUAGAGAGGUCAUUUACCUCCAACUUGACCGAGGCUCUGCAGAAGCUUAGUAGUGGGCGGCCGUUUACGACGCAAAGACUCCACGAAGAAGUGCUAUUUCUGAAGAAACAACAGCAACUGCUUCAAACUCCUCGGCAAACCAACGGAGGCAGCUCGAAUACGCAGUCUUUUCCACAUAAUCCAGUCUUCAUACCUCUGACACCCGGAAAAGGUCAAAGUAUUGCCCUUGCGCCAAUGCCCCCAAGACCACGUACUGGUUCACAAAAUGGGCAUGACACAGAUGGACAGGGUAACCGUGAAGAACAGCUGAUCGAUCCAGAAUCCGUUGUUGACCUCAGGUUUGAAGAACCCCGGGUGCUUGUUUGCACUACCUUCGUUGGCGAUGCAAGUCCGGACAUGUCCUUUUUCUCCCAAUGGCUGCACAGCACGCCACCGUUGGGGGACAAGAUCGCGGUCGAAGGCAUGUUUCUCGGCCCACCUACUAUGUUGCUCAUUUCUAUGCCGCACUCGAUCUGGAACGUGGUACAGCACGAUAAGGUCUGCUGCUUUUUAGGGUAUAUUAGCUCCCACAACAUGAUCCACCUCUACCACAAACUAGUAGGUUCUUCCGGUGUCAAGCCAUCAGCUAGAGAAGUCGAAGAUGGUCGGAUCCUCCUUGAGGCAAGGGAUCAUGCCUUCAGUACUCCUGCCCGCGUUCGGCGAGAAGAAGGCCAUUCUUUUCACUCCCCAGCCACCAGAGAAGCGCCUAAUUCUGUCGAACGAAAAGACUACCUUCCUCAAGCUAGUCCGUCGGGUCCAGCAUAUGCCAACUCAACAGGGGGUCAUUCUAAGCCCAAAGAUGAGGUGGAAGAUUCGGCAGAGAUGCAGGAAGCCGCUGAGCAACUGAAAGCUUUGAGCCAUGUUCGCCACCCAAGCGACGAAACCACAAACAUCAACCGACCUCGUACAAUUCUUCCCGACGGAAUGCCCGAGAUCAGACCAGAGGGGGAGAACGAUGAACUCAGCAACAAUGACCCUCUGGCAACACUUCGCAACGCCAACGCAACAGUGAAGCCCCCUCGAAGGUCUCUGCCCAAACAGGACACUCGCUGCAAUCACUGUAGCCAUGCCCCUUUCAAGGAUUCCUCAUCUUUGAGAAAACACAUUGCUGCAGCCCACACUAGGCCAUUUCCAUGCGCAUUCUCGUUUGCGGGAUGCACAAGCACCUUUGGUUCGAAGAACGAAUGGAAGAGACAUAUUGCAUCACAACAUCUGUGUUUGCAAUACUAUCGUUGUUCUUCCUGUCCUCAGAGCACCGCUGAAGGGAAAGGAAACGAAUUUAAUCGCAAAGACUUGUUUACCCAGCACCUACGGCGAAUGCAUGCGCCCUUCCAAAUUAAAAGGGCACUAGCCAAGGGGGACAGCAAGCUGCAGUCUGAGUGGGACGCACACGUCAAAGAAAUGCAGGUAUCAUGCCUUGUGCAGCGUCGCUUACCUCCACAACGAUCAGCGUGUCCAAAACAAGGUUGUCAGAGUGUCUUUGAAGGUCCCUCCUCAUGGGAUGAGUGGACUGAACAUGUGGGCCGGCAUAUGGAAAAGGGAGAGGGUGGUGGCAGGCUUGGAGUAGAUGGCCUUCUAGCACAAUGGGCCUUGGAUGAAGGCAUCAUUGAGCGCAAGACAGACGGUGAAUAUCGCUUGUCAACCAGUAACGGAAUGAGUGGAGGAGGCAACAGUGGAGGCAUGCCUUCUGUUUUUGAUCAAAAAGAAUCGACCUUAACAUCGGUUUCUACACUGGAACCGUCACAACCGGAGGAAUCCUUGAUCGCGGAGACAGGCACAAAACCUCCAGAAGACAGAAUGGAGGUUGAUACCUCCGAGUAA